AUGCUUGUCUUUUUCAUUAAAGAUUUUAUUUUUUUCUGUCUAAUAUGGAUUUUAAAAUAUUCUAACGAGAGAAUUAUCUAUGAUAAAACAUGGAACGAGAAAUUGAACCGAAAUAAAAUAUUAACAGAUAAAUUUAACAGGCGAUUAUGUAAUGAAACAAAAACAUCUGUGGAAGAUGAAUAUAAAUAUUCCAAAGAAAAAAUAAAUGAUUUAAAAGGCAAAAGUACUGAAACAUUUGAAAAAAAGCCAUAUGUAUUAGAGCAUAAUAAUCUUUUCCAAAAAAAGGAUAAUGAAUCAAUAUACAGUGAUACUUAUCAAGAAGAAAUGAAUUAUUUGAUUCAACGUAGAAAACCUCAAAAACAUGGAGCUUCUAAAUUUAAGAAUAAUUUAAAAGAAAAAUUGCCUUCAUUAGAACGUUAUGAUAAUAUUCAGAACAAUAAAAAUGUACACAUGGCUUUUAACAAAUUUCCCUCAAAGAAUGACUCAUCUUUGUUCCAUAUGAAUUCACGGAAAAUAUGUAAUUUUUUUAAUUAUGAAGAUAAACUUAAAGCUACUGAAAAGAAUAAGCAAAAACACUCAUCCAAACAUGAGAAUUUGUCCUUUUACAUUUUUUUAUCAUUAACAAUAUUUAUCCUCUUAAUUGGAUACUUAUGUGAAUGCCUUGUUUAA